AUGAUAAGCCUCAUGGAGGACCGCUGUCAGGCCCUCCGCGAGGGCGGAAUCACCAACUUCUUCAUUUCCAUCCUUAUCGUGAUCGGAAUCAUGCUUUCCUACUUGACUCAACACUACCGAAUCAUCUCCCGCGGCUCCUCCGAAGGCAUCUCGCCGUACUUCGUCCUACUUGGUGUUACAUCCGCCAAUGCCCAGUUCGGCAACAUCCUUACCUUUCCCGCAUCCCGAGCCGACGUUGCCUGCUGCAAAGAAGUUAGUGCCUUCGAGUGCACGGCUGGCCUGCUGGGUAUUGCACAGAUUGGUACACAGUGGAUCUGUUUCGCCAUCAUCCUGGUUCUAUUCCUUGUCUUCUUUAGGCGCGAAGACGAUGAGCUAUUAGACGACGACUCUGUACGGGAUGACGAUCGACCUACCUGGAGAACCGCCCUCGGUGUCGCUGGCCUGUGCCUGGUCCAUGGUCUAUUCGUCGUCAUUAUCUCAGCUGCACUUGCGUUCGGCGCACCCUCAUACCUAGCCGCGUGGGCAAACAUUCUAGGAAUCAUGGCUGCUGCCUUUGCCGCGGUUCAGUACAUCCCCCAGAUAUGGACAACGUACAAGAUCAAGCAGGCCGGUAGUCUGAGUAUCUUGAUGAUGACUAUACAAACGCCUGGUGGGCUUCUCUUCGCCGCCAGCUUGGCAGCUCGGCUAGGAUGGGCAGGUUGGAGUUCGUGGGGCGUAUAUGUCAUGACUGCCAUUAUGCAAGGAAUUCUUCUCGGCAUGGCCAUCAGAUACGAAUGGGCGGCGCAGAUGGAGGGAGGUUCCGGGCGCGAAGGAAGCUCUUCUCCGCCGCAACGACCCGCGUACAACCGACGUACGACGCCUCGAGCCCUACCGUCACCAGGUCCGUACUCGGCACACCUGCAAGCGUAUGCUGAUACACAAGAAGAAAUCGAGCGCGCGCUUGAUCGCGAGAGCACGCAGGGAUACGGAGAGAACCAGCCACUGCUCGCACCAGGUGGUCUCGGUAGCUCUGGCACCCGGUAG